AUGGCCUCCUCCAGCACCUCCACUCCCACCCUCACCGGCCAAAUCACCGAGCGUCUCACCCGUAGCAACUACAUCAUGUGGCGUACCCAGAUCGCGCCGCAGCUUCGUGGAGCUGGUGUCUUCGGAUACGUGGAUGGAAGCAUCCCAGAGCCAGCCAAAGUCGUCGUCACCAAGGAUAAGGAUGGCAAGGAGGAAACCAUCCCCAACCCUCUUCAUUUCUCAAAGAUUAGAUACCAUGACAUAAGAGCAUCAUCCCAUCGACCGGCGGCGGCGACCGGAAUUCUUCUCGACGCCAUUUCGUUGCUUUUGCUUUAUUAUUAUUGUUCCAAUUUAUCGAUCUAUCACCGAUUACUAAUCCUCCCCUAUACGCAGUUGAAGAAAUCAGUUGGUAAUGGGGAGGCCAGGCUAAGCGAGCUGCCCAAUGAUGUGCUGCUCAACAUCCUGGAAACACAGUCAACGGAAGCAGCUACUAAUGUGGAGGACAGGCUAAGCGAGCUGCCCAAUGAUUUGCUGCUCAACAUCCUCGAGAGAGUUGGUACCCUUGAUGCUGUAAGAACCUGCAUCCUUUCGAAGAAAAUGCACAAGCUGCCAACUAUGCUCUCGCAGAUCGUAAUUGAUCUUAGCCCCCGUGACUUGAUUCAAAUGGAUGGUGUUGUGGCUCAUGUGGCGGACAAGAUCCUUAGUACGAGGUCUCCACAGAUCACCGUACGCAAGCUGAAGCUCAAAUUUUUCUUGGUUCCCUCUCGCUGUCUCUCCAUCGGAAAAUCGGUCGGCCUUGCCAUGGCGACCCAGAAGUUUGAUGCAGCUGAAUUUGAGAUCAUGACACUGAGGGAUAAUGGAUGUUGCACUGAUGCCCAUCGCCUGGUUUUUGCUCAGCAGUUCAAUGAUUUUGUUGGUGAUUGCCCAGAUGCAUUUUCUGGUCUCACGCGGCUGGAUCUACGGAAUAUGAGGUUUGGUGAAUCGGACAUACCCAACAUUCUUAGCACCUGCAAGCAGCUCGAGUCCCUAUCUUUAUUCGAGUGUGAUGGGGGGGUCUGCUCGGUGCUGCAUGUUGAACAUGCUCGACUGGUUGAGUUUGUUAUCACCUUUGGGGAAUUUAAAACAGUGGUGCUUGACCGUCUACCAAGGCUCCAGCGGAUGACCUACAACAUUUGGCCUUGUGGUGAAAAUCCAUUGGUUCUUGGUUUUGUCCCUCAGCUUUGGAAGCUCAGUCUUACUAAAGCAAACCUUUCAUCAGGCAAGAUCCUCAACUUAAGCAAGCUGCUUGAUAACGCCCCCACAGUAAGCGAUUUAUAUCUGGACUUUCUAAGCGAGAAGAUUUGGGUUCAACCAGAAUGUCCGAAAGUGCUUGCUCCUGUGCUUGCCAAACUUCGAUUUCUGAAUCUGGAUCAUCUUCCCGAAGAAUGUGACAUCACUUGGACAUUGUUCCUUCUUGAAGCUGCACCAUACUUAGAGGAGCUUUGCAUCACAGUAUGGGAUCAUAAGUGCCGAAUGGAGUCACAAAAGAGUAUCUCUGAAAAAUCGGAUGUGAAGUGGGAGCCAUCUGUUCCUCAUUUUAAGCACAAGAAACUGGUGAGGCUAAUUAUUUAUGGCUUCCAGUCCGAUGACAAUUUCAUCGGAUACGUUAGACGCGUCAUUCAAGCUGCUGUGAACAUCAGGGAGGUUUCCCUGCACGACAGGAAGGUGUGCCAAUGGUGUUUCGAAAAGUUUCCUCACCUGGAGGUUCGUCCUUCGAGUUAUCCACGGACCAGCGAGGAGCUUGAUUUGUUGAGGGAGAAGAUGACAGCAGCGUCGGCUACAGCUUCUCCUUUUAUUCACUUCCGCUCAUAAGGUGGAGUUGAAGAUCAACCUCUAUGUGUGGUUGGAAGGAGUC